GUUCAUAGAGUGGGGCCGGGAUCAUUCCACUGCAGUUUUCCCGGUGACCCUCGAUUUUGCCAUAAGCUUUCUUAAACCCCUUGCUGCCAGCAAGCAGUGCAGUGCCAUCAGAGAGACGCUUGAAACUUUCAAUUUCCUUCAGCAUGUUGUGGGCAUGAAAGUUGAGCCUGGUAUCAUUGCCAACCCGUGGGUCAAGGGCGCCGUGCGAGGAGCCAACAUAAGGACGUCGGACCCCCGCAGGUCGAGGGUCCUCACAACGUCCGAGGUGCUUCUUCUUGAGACCGCCCUCAUCGAGGGGCAUCAUGAUCGUGUGGAUCGGUAUGCAAUCGGUGCUUUCUUGUUCCAGCUCUACGCACGGGCGAGGGUCUCUGAUCUUCGCAACAUUUCCAAGCUAGAACUGGACCUGAACGACGGUGCUGGUUUCAUCGAGAUUCGCACUUACGAGCACAAGAAUUCUAGGACCUAUCCUCCCGAGGCUAUCGAGCGACUACAGCUGGAGUGGGGAUGCGACCGAUGCCAACGCUACUCCUCUCAGCUGGACAUCCAAGGAAAGACUCAGGAGUCCUACGCCCGUGAGGUUCAGGCGCAGCCUCUACGUGACCUGGUGGAGUGCAUCGUCGCCAUCCGGCGAGGCCUGUUCCACCCAGACCGGACGCGCAGCGGCAUGGUCACUCAAGGCGCUCUGGGAUCUCAUUUCAAGUUCGGUGGAAUCGAUGCACACGACUUUGUGUGUGCUCCUCCCUCCGAUUCGGCCCCAGCUAGUGCACGUGAGCCUGCACCAGCGGAGGCCCCUCAAGGCUCGCCGCCCGAGGAAGCGGGGUCUCCCACCAAGGAUGGGGAAGCUUCUUCGGGCUUCCAGGAUGACGUGGCUGAUCCCCAGAGUGAAGAGUCCGAGAGUUCUGGUGAUUCCGAAGGGGACACCGUUUAUGAGAAUUUUGGUAAAGGGAUCACACAAGAUGCGAUCCCGGAUGUGAAUAUGGGCCCAGAUCUUGACAUCUUUCAAAACCCGAAAACCAAGAGCUUGCAUGCGCGGGCGAAGGGCUCGACUGGCAAGCUGAUCUGCGGCCGAUCACUUGACAAUAUGAAGACCUUUCAAGGAGCCCUCAACUCUUUCCUGGCCAAGAAGCAGGGAAGGUCGGUUCGGCGGGACCGGGCAUCCUUGGUGAAUGGCACCAGGGCCGUUGAGCUGACAAUCGUGGGCAAGGCCUGCGGCACCAUGGCUCAGACUUUGGUUGAAUCCAAAGCUGUUUUCCUGGAGCGGGCUAGCCGGGUGGGGCUGCCUGAUGAGGCCGUCAAAAGGCUCGUGGAUCAGGGCAUCGACACGAUGUCGAAGCUAGCCUUCGCUCCGUGUCAGCCAGGCGAGACUCCGUCCGAGGAGUCGUUGACCGGCCUGAUUCAGACCGAAGGAGCAGAGCCGUCCAGGGGCUCGAUCGCGGCAGUUCGCCAUUUGGUUUUUGAAGCGCAGACCUUACUAGUGAGCCAGACCAAAGCCCUGGUCGAAAACCGGGAAGCAGAAACCAAAGAUCUUGCGCCGGCUGAGCGCAGGGAGAGGAUAAAAACCCAAUCGCAGCGAUUGGCAGGCAUCACCAUGGCAGGUCAGAGUGAGUGCAGUUUCGCAUCCUACGACUUAUGUAUGAAAUUGCUCACUGAGAACUGUGUUUCUUACCUGGCGCCAUCGAAAUGUAUCACGCGGGAGGCUGAGCUGCGUGCUGACAAACCUCGCAAGGAGCUCGACCUCCAGCACUCGACUCUCAUUGUCAAAGAGAGAGAGCCUGAUCAAGUGUGCGAUACCUCAACUGCCCUCAGCCUCCAUCAUGCCCUUCACCGCCGCAGCCUCGCCCUGGACUUAAUCGGGGAGCCUGCCGCAGGCAGUCGUGCCACUACCGUCCAACAAAUUCUGUUGGCCGACCGUGCUGCCUGGCUUCGCCUCUCAGAGCUCACGCCGGAUGGGAUUAGGCGCGACGAAGCCGGCCGGCUCCCGCUUGAUCCUCUGUGGAAGCGACUUGAGACGGACCCCAAGGUCAUUUUUCACCUUCUCCCCCGUGAGGGUAGCACCACGGCUACAGCUAAGCGCACCGGUGAGCACCUUGGAGAUUCCGAAACCCCCUCUCCAGGCCAGAAGCAGCGCAAAGGCAAAGGCAAGGGGAAAACUAAGACCCAGAAGGAGCCUGCCAACCUGCCCGAGGAGCUUAAAGGCUUGUCCUCCUGGACCAAGACCGGCAAACGCCGUUGUUGGGGCUUCAAUAUGCAGGUCGGAUGCGCCAAUGCAAAGGAUGAUGUGGAUGCCGCUGGAGUGGCCUUGGAGGCUGCCCCCGCGACCGAUCAGCUGCCCUGGCAUGAUACGGUUUUUCACCAUUGCCAGCACGGUGGACAGCGGGCCAAGCUCACCCGCCUGCGCCACAACAUCCCGCUGAUGUCCGAGCUUGCCCUCCUGUGCCCGGGCGAAUCUCCUGAGCAUCGUCAUCUACCAUGGACUCGCGGCCCCGAAGGGUUUGCCACUGCUGAUGAGAAGGUUUAUCCUCUUGUGCUGUGCCGCCGCAUCGCCGACAUAGUCCGGCGUUCAGUUGCCGCCAUGGGCAUUCAACUGCCCCCUCUUGCCCUCGAGCCUGGCGCCUCGUCCCCUGCCCAUGAAGCCCAGGCCGCUGCUGGCCACCAGCCUGCUGGCAAAAAGUUACCACCCCUUGUGCCCGAAUUCCGCCAAGUGCUGGUACUUCAGAGCCCUCGCCCUCUGCUCGUGGGCGUCCGCAAGCUUGAUACGACCUUCGACAUCCCAGCAGAUGUUUCUUGCACUUCUGCCAUCAAGACCUUGCCUGCCGGUACCCGUGUCCUCCGGCACAGUGUUGUGGGGCAUCCCGGUGCCGCCGAGGACCCGUGCCCAGCCGUUGACUCGAGCCACGACCCCCUUGAGAUGGGGCCCGAGGAAUUUUCGCACUACGGAUUGCAACUUGGCACCACUGCUACCGACUCCUCCUGGCGUGAAAGCAUCAGUCAUUUGUGUGAUCUUCUCCGAUCCGACCCCUUAGCCAGGGGAGGCUUAGGCAGUGACGAGCUCUCUUGGACAUGCGGGGCCUACACGCAUGCCAAUGUUGUGGGCCUCCGGAAGAACACUUCCUCACACCCCAAUGUGUGCAAGUUCCUGUGCGAGUAUGUUCGGAGGGUCGCACCCGGCCAUCCAUUCACAUCUAUCAUGCUGGGUAGAAACCUUCAGGGUGACGUUCACAUCGACAAGAACAAUGCCGUAGGGCUACCCAAUGCUGUGCUCAAGAUCUCCAACUUCGACAAGGGAGGCAUCUGGGUAGAGAGCCCGGAAGGAACAGUCAGGUGCCCUUCCCCAAAUCAUCCUGAUGCCCUGGGAGAAGUCAUUGAUUUCCGUAACGACAGGAUUUUCUUCAGUCCGGACUGCAGGCACUGCCAGGCCCCGUGGGAUGGGGGACCUCGAAUAGUUUUGGUUGCCUAUACCAUCCGCAACUUCGAGAAGCUGGGGACGGAACACGGGCGUCGCCCCUCGGAGCUCGGUUUCUGCUUACCUGCAUCGGAAUUGCCGACCUCCCCGGGCAACGUGGGACACCCAGUGCACACGGAUCUGCGUGGCAGGGUUCCCGACAGGCACAUCCUGGAUGGGAUCCCGGAAGAGACCAAACGUGCCGUGGAUCAGCUGGCGAGUCUUUCCCUCAGCGAGAUUGGAACUCAUCGCACUGAGGCUCUUAGGAAGUGGAUUGGUCGUGCUCGAGAACUGGAGGAACAGGAGGAGGCAAACCGCGAGACAAUGCCCCAACAUUGUGCCAAGGUACUAGGUCGGAAGCGCCUCGUUCUUUUCGAGGAGAUGCUGUGCGAAUGCGGCCACGAGGACACAUCGAUUGCUCGAGACAUCGGCCAGGGGUUUGAUCUCAGUGGUGCUAUCCCUAGGAAUCCUGCUGUCCGCGCAAAGCGAUCGACAGCAUCCCUCCCCGAAUCCGAGUUGCGUCGCACCGCGACGGUGACACGGGAGGCUACUCUCCUAGCCACCAAGAGCUCGGGCGACCCAGAGCUUGACCUCGCUCUCUGGGAGGCCACACAAAAGGAGGUGGACCGGGGAUGGUUACGUGGACCGGUCAACCCCCGGUCUCUAGAUCCGGAGGCGGUUAUCUCGCGGCGUUUCGGGAUCUGGCAGGGAGACAAGUGCAGACCGAUAGAUGAUUUCCGGGCUUCGGGAGUCAAUGCUACCACGUCAGCGGAGGACUCGGUUACCGUCCACUCUGCGGACACCAUUGCUGCCUCCAUUGCCUACAGGUUGAAGGUGGAUGGCAAAUGCCGCCGAUACGGUGGGCUCGAGAUGAAGUCGUACGAUCUCCACAAGGCCUACAAGAACCUUCCCCUUAGUACCGGGGCGGUGGAAAUUGCUUACCUCUCGGUGUACAACCCACACAAGAAGACUGCCGAGGUCUUCGAGCAAUGCGUGCUGCCCUUCGGGGCACGCGCCUCUGUGCACUCCUUUUGCAGGACUUCGCUCGGGAUAUGGACUGCCGGAGUCCAGAUACUACUCCUGGCAUGGUCGGUAUAUUACGAUGACUUUGUGAGUUGCGAGGUCCCGCCACUUACGAGGAUUUCCGACUUGUGUGCGGAGUCUCUGUUCCGCUUACUGCAAUGGGACACGUCUCCGGACAAGCCCACGACCUUCGGAAGCAUCGCUAAAGUCUUGGGCCUGGAGUUCGACCUAGGAGACACGCGUCUUGGGCGUUUCUACAUGCGGAACACAGCCAGCAGGCGUGAUGAGCUUCGCGGCAACAUUAGCAGUAUCCUCGAGCAGGGAAACCUGCCCAGGAAGGAGUGCGAGAGACUUCGGGGAAGGCUUCAGUUUGCAUCCAACCAGAUUGCGGGAAAGCGAGCCGGCAGGGCCUUCAAAGUUUUGACGAAGCAUCUCAUCAGCAACCGUUCGGCGUUGGGCGAUGAUCUAAAGAUCGCUUUGCUCUUCCUGCGUGACUGCUUUCUGGACGGGCCGCCAAGAUCCUUGAAUGCGAAUAUCCUUCAUCUCUGGCACAUUUACGUGGAUGCUUCCUGUGACGACAACAAAGUCGGCCUGGGAGGCGUGCUUGUUUCAGAGCAGGGAUCAAUGGUUGCAUACUUCAGUGAGUGGGCGGCCGACGAGCUGAAAGAGAUCGUCGCUCCUACUAGCAAGAAUCCGAUCUUUGAGUUCGAGUGCUUGGCAGUGCUGCUUGCCGUCAAAACUUGGACGGGCCUGAUAAGCGGCUGCAAUCUGGUAAUCUUUUCUGACAACGAGGGCACAAAAGCUUGCCUGGUCAAAGGAUCUUCCGACAACGAGGUGGGCAUGGCCAUCGUUGACAGUGUCCACAAAUCACUGGACGAUGCGGGCUGCAACGCAUGGUUCGAAAGGGUAAACACCGCUUCGAAUAUCUCGGACGGGCCAUCGAGGGGUGAACAGUCUGAAAGCCUGGGAGUACGUUUCGUGACAGAUGCGACUUCAGUCGCGCGAUCAGCGCUGGUUCCAUGGGGUGUCGUCAACGCAUGA